AUGACAAGAUCAUUCGCCAUAGUUGCUCUCAUUGUCUCCGCUUUCUGCUUCUCAUCGGUCUUGGCUGCCCGUAAGGUACCGGCUGAUUGUCGUGAAGUUUUCACCGUUAUUGGCAAGAUUUAUUGCGAUCCUUGCCACUUUGAAUUUGAAUCAAGGCUUAGCAAGCCUCUUGUCGGUGUUAAGGUGACAUUGAGAUGCGCAAAGGAAGAGGGUAAAAAUGUGACAUACGUGAAGGAGGCUAAGACCGACAAAAAUGGUGUCUACAAAAUCACAGUUAAUGGCGAUCACGAGGAAGAAGUUUGCGAGGUGAAUUCCGAUUCAAAUGGAAAGGGUGAAUGUAAUUUGCCUAUGGCAAACAAAUCCGACAGGAUUGGUCUCAACAAGAAUAUGGGUGUGUCUUCCUUGGUUCGUUUAGUUAAUCCCCUUGGGUUCAUGACUAAGGCAAUUGAUAGCCAGUGUGAAAAGGUUAUCUCUGAGUUGGGUUUGGACAACCUUGAUGAUUAG